AUGCCCGCCAUCCCGUCCGACCUGCUGGCCUCGCAAUACGUCGUCCAAUCCAUCGAAGACCCGGAUACCGGUGCACCCUGCGAGUACCGGAUCCUCGAAGAUACCGACUACGAGCUGUGCGCGGUGUUCGCCGCCGAAAGUCCCAAGCGGGAGCCGAGCGACGCCCGUUCUCGGAAUCCAUCUGGGACCACGGGGCGGGGCUGA